CCCGUUUACUUCUUCCGUUACCGACGAUGUGUCCCUUCCGCUGGUGGAUGAAGUAAACGAAAGAGACCAAGUCUUGUGUUCCGUCUCUCUGUUUUUAAGAUUGGAAGCUUAGAUCGGGCUCUCCCGGGGGCCGGCUGAUUCCGGAUUUCGUGUGGUUGUUCUCUCCCGGUUUUUUCUUCGCCGGAUCGAAGGCAUCUUGUUCGUCAAAUCAGAACCUUGCCGUCGCGGAAGGUCCCAUCUUUUGUGGUCUUCGUGGGCGAUUAGGGUUUCGCUGUUCGUGGUUUAUCAGAGUCCUCGUUUUGCGCGGUCCGCAGCUGGGUCGGAGUGGUUGCAUGUGCCGUUUCCUUUCGGUUGCUUCUGAUGUCGACUAGAUCGGAGGAGAAUCCGGCUCUUAGGAUCAUCGAGAACUCGAUUCAGGCCCUCGGAAGGGGUUUCGAUGCCAACUGCGACACGAGGCUACUCUACUGCAAGGGAGCCACCGGGUCGAGGGUGGUCGAGCUCGACGAGGAGCACGCGAGGGAGCUGCCGAUCGGCGAAGGUCUAGUCGUGCCUAAUGUGUCCAGGGACGUCAGGUGUUCGAUCGAGAGCCCCGGGAGGGAGAGUUUCGGUGCUUGCGGAUUCUACGAGAAACUGCAGAUGGCAGAGUAUUUUAACAGAAAGGCUCUUCUAUCAGGAAGUAUUCCAUUGGGAAGGUUUAAUUGUGCAUUCAGCUUUAGUGGCUCAAAGAAAAUUGAUGCUGCUGCUACAAAAAGCCUUGCAAUGAAUGGGAAAUUCAUUCCUUUGUGUAAGGUUCAGCUGAUGAAACAUCCUUUAUCGCUGCAAGAUCAUGUAAAAGCUGCAGUGCCACGUUCAUGGGAACCGUUGUCCUUAGCAAGAUUUAUUGAGACUUAUGGUACUCAUGUCAUCACAUCCAUUACUAUUGGUGGUAAGGAUGUGAUAUAUGUGAAGCAGCACAUCUCAUCAACUUUAUCAAUCACAGAAAUUAAAAACUACAUACUAGAUGUUGGAGAUCAGAGAUUCUCUGAGACUGAAAGCGUUACGAGUUCUGGUCCAAUAAAAUUGAAGGGCAAGGCUGUGGAUCCUUUUAUAUUUAACAGUCAAGGUAUACACCCACAACCACUUAAUGCUCCAUAUCUUACUGCAAAAGAGGAUGUAACUGUCAUUUUUAGGAGGAGGGGAGGGGACGACCUAGUACAAAGCCACGUUGAAUGGGCCAGAACUGUUCCUUCAGCGCCUGAUGUUAUUCAAAUGACUUUCCUUCCCAUUACUUCUCUUCUAGAAAGUAUUCCUGGGAAGGACCAUCUUACUCGUGCCAUCAACCUUUAUUUGGAAUAUAAGCCUCCAAUUGAGGAGCUCCGAUAUUUCCUAGAGUUCCAGGUCCCAUGGAUAUGGGCCCCUGUACGAGAAGAAUUUCCAGGACAUAAAAGAAAAGAGCCAGUCUGCCCAUUUUUGCAGUUCAGCAUAAUGGGGCAGAAGUUAUAUGUAAGCCAAGAGCAGGUAUCGGUCAGCCGUAAGCCUGUCACCGGCCUAAGAUUGUUCUUGGAAGGUGCAAAGCAGAACCGACUAUGUAUUCAGGUUCAGCAUCUGGCAAGCCUUCCAAAGAUGCUCCAGCCAUACUGGGACGCCCAUGUCGCAAUAGGUGCACCCAAGUGGCAGGGUCCAGAGGAGCAAGACAGCCGUUGGUUUGAGCCUGUAAAAUGGAGGAACUUCUCCCAUGUCACCACGGCUCCUAUCGAGAACAAUGAGACUUUCAUUAGUGACCUCUCUGGUGUCUUUGUGGUCACCGGAGCUCAGCUUGGGGUUUGGGACUUUGGGACGAAGAAUGUUUUGUACAUGAAACUUCUAUAUUCGAAAGUGCCCAGAUGUACCAUAAGGAGAUCCUUAUGGGACCACAGCCCUGAUGGCUCGAAGAAUAAACUAAAGAGGUUGCCGAGUGGAGCAUCGAUGAGCUCGGACGAGUCAAGCUCAGAUUCAGAUCUGGGGAGGCUGUCAAAAUUUGUGGACAUGUCUGAGAUGAAAAAAGGCCCAGACGACAUGCCAGGGCACUGGGUGGUGACCGGCGGAAAGCUGGGAGUCGAGAAAGGGAAGAUUGUUUUGAGAGUGAAGUAUUCUUUGUUGAAUUAUUAGAGAACCUGCUAGUUGGUUGCAAGGCUAAUUUUUCGGUAAUGCAUGUAAAAUGUAGCAAAUUUCUUAGAUCUUAUUCUGGUAAGGAUAUGGCUUUUUUCUGAUGAUUUUUUGCCUAUUGGCAAACUUUCUAAGUUGGUCAACAGAAUGUAAUGAUAACAUGUUGAGAUUGGUUGUAGUUUAGUGUUUAUGAAUAUGCUGUUGAGAUUUGAUC